GAUCAUCCUCAAAAGCUUCUUUUGUCAGUAGCACUUUUGAGAAUAUUUAGUGGUUAUAUUUAGUAAACCACAUCUCAUUCUCCCCUCCUUACUAGCCUUUCAAUUUUCUUUUUUUUUUUUUAAAAAAAAACACAAAAUGGAGUCUGUGGGAGCUUUCUUUGAUGAAGAAUGUCAAUCUUUGAGCAGAAUGUUCUUUACUGAAAAUUCAGAUUUAAUGUUUCAAUUGCAUUGUGAUAAUCCAUCAGACUUAACUUGGCAUGAUCAAGAAGCUAACAAGAAUGUGACUGACAAUACUAAUACUGAAGGGAGUUUUUUCUCUUCUCCUUCUCAUAGUCAUAAUUGCAACUUAGAGUAUUUUUCUCAAGAAAAUAGCAAUGACAGCAGAGGAAGUGGUGGUAUGCUUUUUCUCAACAAUACAAGUCAUGAGUAUCUGCAACAGUAUAAUGGUGUUACUAAUCUCUUUCAAGUAACAAACAACCACCCUGAUGAGUCCACUGAUUUUUACAUGAUGGGCCACAAUAAUCUUGAAAAUUCAUCGGUUAAUCCAUCGUUUCAAGACGACGAUUUCAUGAAAGAAAUGGUCAGCUUGAAAGAUGACAUAGGUAAGGAAAUGCUGCUAAAGAGGAAGUUUCAUGAAGUAGAACUUCAAUCAGGAGCUGAGGAUCAGAAACUGGAGGACACUAAAAAUCCCAAGAAGAAAACGCGGGUGUCAAGAGAGGAACCAAAAAAUAAGAAGAUUGCUCAGCCAAAAGUGAAAAAGAACCAGAAAAACAUGCAAAUUAACAAUGAAGAAGUAGGAGAGCAAGAGAGUAAUAAUGCAGGAAAUUGUAAGAGUGGACAGAGCACAAGUAGUUGUAGCGCUGAGGAAGAUUCCAAUGGUUCUCAAGAAUUAAACACAAAUUCUGACACUAAAAGCAACUUGAAUAGUAAAACAAGGGCCAGCAGAGGGACUGCAACAGAUCCUCAGAGCCUUUAUGCAAGGAAAAGAAGAGAGAAAAUCAAUGAAAGAUUGAAGAUCUUGCAGAAUCUUGUCCCCAAUGGCACAAAGGUUGACAUAAGCACAAUGCUUGAAGAAGCCGUCCAAUAUGUGAAGUUUCUGCAAAUACAAAUUAAGUUACUGAGCUCGGAUGAUAUGUGGAUGUAUGCUCCAAUUGCUUACAAUGGGAUGGAGAUGGACCUCUCUCAUACCUAGUUUAUGAAUUCGGAAGCAAUAAUAUGCAUGCCAUUUGCUUUUAAUUAUUUACCUACAAGAUAUUAAGAAACCAAUAUGCUGACUAUGUAAAAACGCAUUUCUUUUUGGUAUCUUGAUCAUGAGUAAUUCUCAUGUUUCAUAUUAGAUAUGUAUAGCCUAUCAAUUGUACUUAUUAACGAAUAACGAUCACCUACACGCUAUUAUGAUGAGAGUUACUAUAAUUUAACUAACUUACACUCUCUUUGGAUCAUUGUUAUAUCGUAUCGUUUUAUAAAUAUAAUGUUUGGAUAGAUCGUAUUGUUUGUUAUUGUU